AUGUCUGAAGGCCGCCUCAAGGCAGACAGAGACUUCACCAAGGAGACCGACAAGGCCAUUCCCGAGGCUCAGGAUCUGGCAAAGAGCAAUGUGCAAGGUGCUAUCGAGAAGCUCCUCGCCCUUGAGAAGCAAACCAGACAAGCCUCCGACCUCCCAUCCACAUCCAGACUCGUUGUCGCCAUCGUCACGAUAUGCAAAGAAGCAAAGGAUUGGCCGCUACUGAAUGAGCAGGUCCAGCUCCUCUCAAAGAAGCAUGGACAGCUCAAACAGGCCAUCACCAAGAUGGUCCAGGUCACCAUGGACUUCAUCGACGACACACCCAACGUCGAGACCAAGCUGUCUUUGAUCGAGACACUCCGUACCGUUACCGAGGGAAAGAUCUUUGUCGAAGUCGAGAGAGCCAGAGUUACACGCAUCCUAUCAAACAUCAAGAAGAGCCAAGGAGACAUUACCGCCGCCACCGACAUUCUAUGCGAGCUGCAGGUUGAGACGUUCGGUUCCAUGACCCGUCGUGAAAAGACCGAAUUCAUUCUGGAGCAAGUCGCCCUCUGUAUUGAAAAGGGCGAUUGGACACAAGCCAGCAUUCUGAGCCGCAAGAUCAGUACGCGCUACUUUGCCCGUAAGCCAAAGAAGUCAGCCGAGCAGCUGGAGAAGGAGCGCAAGGAGCGCGAGGAGGAGGAAAAGAAGCGUGGUCCCGAUGAUGCCCCUGUCGAGCCCGAGGACGAUGUCACCGACUUGAAGCUGCGUUUCUACGAGCAGCAGAUUACUCUGGCCAAGCACGAUGACAAGUACCUCGACGCUUGCAAGCACUACCGUCAAGUCCUGGAUACAGAAGCUGUCGAGAACAACCCAGAGCAAUUACGAGCUGCUCUUCAACGCGUUCUCUACUUCAUCAUCCUCGCUCCUCACGACAACGAGCAAUCAGACCUCCUUCACAGAAUCCAUCGCGACACUCGCAACACACAAAUUUCAAACGACGCUGCCCUAUUGAACCUCUUCACCGUUCCCGAACUCAUGCGCUGGCCCGCCGUCGCCGAGAACUACGGUCCCCACCUCUGUGAGACCGACAUCUUUGAUGCCACCGAGAAGGCCGCCGACCCCAAGGCUCACAAGCGCUGGCAAGACUUGCGCAAGCGUGUCAUUGAGCACAAUGUCAGAGUCAUUGCAAAGUACUACACCAGAGUCCACUUCAAGCGUCUGACAGAGUUGCUCGACCUUAGCGAGGAAGAGACCGAAAAGUACAUCAGCGACCUUGUUGUCAGCAAGACCAUCUACGCCAAGAUUGACCGCCCUGCUAGACUUGUCAGCUUCGAAAAGAGACGCGACGCCGACGAGGUGCUCAACGAGUGGUCAGGCAACAUGAAGAGUCUGCUCGGCCAUCUUGAAAGAAUUGAUCAUCUCAUUACCAAGGAGGAAAUGAUGGCCAGAAUCCAACCCACAAACAAGGGCGAAAAGGCACCGAGCAAGAUUCGAUGA